AUUAUUUCUGAACAAUUCAUAUAGUUAUCUUAUACGCAACCUAUAGCCAUCUCAUUCCUUCUUACCAUGUAGUAUCACACUUCAAAUUAUUAAAGUAUAUUUUUCAGAUAACUUCCGAUACUUAGAACAUAAAGUAACGUUUCGAAGCAAAUAUGUGGUUUUGCCGGGCUCUCACUAAAGUUCCAUUAAAUCAAAGCUUUGUUCGUUUGGCAUCGUCAGGAACAGAUUUGAAGCUGGCUUUGGAGAGCAAAAUUGAUGCCGAACGCAAGAAGGUCGCAGAGAUUCGUAAGAAUUACAAGGAUAUCGUUUUAAGUCAAACAACCAUUGGCAACAUGUACGGUGGCAUGCGUAGUGUUGUGGCUUUACUUUGUGAUACAUCCAAUGUAGAUCCAAAUAAAGGUAUUCGUUACCGUGGUUUGCAUACUGAAGAAUUUUUAAAGCAACUUCCAAAGGGUGAUUGUGGCGAACAACCAUUGCCGGAAGGUGUGUUUUGGUUUUUACUUACUGGUGACAUACCAACUAAGGAGCAAUGCAAGGCAUUAACACAGGAUUGGUAUAAACGCUCUCCACUUCCUGAUUAUGCUGAGAAUCUUUUAAAUAAUUUGCCGCAAUCUUUACAUCCAAUGGCCAAACUGUCUUGUGUUAUAACUGCUUUGCAUAAUGAUAGUAGCUUUGUUAAAGCUUAUAAUAGCGGUGUCAAGAAGACUGAGUACUGGAAGUAUUAUUAUGAAGAUAGCAUGAAUAUCAUUGCUAAAUUACCACUGAUAGGCUCUAAAAUAUAUGCAACCACUUUUUGCGGUGACAAAAGCAAAAAAGUCAUGAAUCCUGAAUUAGAUUGGACUGCAAAUUUUGUUAAAUUAAUUGGUUUCGAGGAUGAAACUUUUACGGAUUUAAUGCGUUUAUAUUUUGUUAUUCAUGCGGAUCACGCCACCGGCAAUGUAUCGUCGCAUACAACACAUUUAGUUGGAUCGGCUUUAAGUGAUCCCUAUUUAUGUUUUGCUGCUGGUAUGAAUGGAUUAGCUGGUCCAUUACAUGGUUUAGCCAAUCAAGAAGUAUUAAAAUGGCUUGGAGAUAUGAAGAAGGAAAUUGGUGAUACUCCUACAGAUGAUAAAAUUAAGGAAUUCGUGCAGAAAACCUUAAAAUCUGGACAAGUCAUCCCUGGUUUUGGUCACGCUGUACUACGUGUUACAGAUCCACGUUAUACCUGCCAACGUGAAUUUGCUUUGAAAUAUUUGCCAGAUGACAAAGAUUUUAAAAUAGUUUCUAAGCUCUUUGAAAUUGUACCACCAAUUCUUAAAGCUACUGGUAAAGUAAGUAAUCCAUACCCAAAUGUAGACGCGCAUUCUGGUGUGUUACUACAACACUUCGGUCUAACGGAGACAAGUUUCUAUACUGUUUUAUUUGGUAUUUCACGCGCUUUGGGUGUAUUGGCUUCACUUACAUGGCAUCGCAUACUUCUUAUGCCUAUUGAGAGACCAAAAUCAAUUUCAACAUAUGAUCUUUUGAAAUUGAUUGAUAAGAAGAAGACGUCCGAAGCAAAAAGCGAUUGCAAGAAAUGAUUGUACUACGUGACCAUUUCGAGCCUCGAACUAAUAAACAUGAACAUGGCUUUGACAUCUGUCAAAGUCAAC